AUGGAAUCGCGAUACAAGGAUCGUAUCCGUGAUCUCACCAAGGAGGCUUUCCUUCGACACGAUAUCCAGCUUUACACCAGGGGAAAGUAUAAGCCUGGCACCAGCGAUGUCUCAUUAUUGAGAGUUGUGAUGAUGUGGCAGGAUUCCUUGGAAAAACUCCCCCUUGAGUUUCGAAGAAGAGAGCUCCCUCCCAACUACGAUACAGACGCACAGACGAAAAAAGAACUCAUCGGAGUUGUCCGCGAAAUCCAGAGGCGUGUCAGAUUGAUGAUCCGUGAGCGGCUUCUUGAUGGAAUCGUUCAGUCAAAUGGCCAAGUGGCAGAGGAUGGACUUGUGCCAUCUCUUUAUGAGCUAUGCGAGACCAUCUAUCGAUUCCUCCACCCUGGCGAAGCAUCGAUGUCAAAGGCAACUGUAAGAAAAAACAUCACAAUCCUUUGGGCUGGCCGGAUUGGUCACCUUCGAUUACAAACAGUCGAUCACCUGAUCCACCCGCAGCUAUCCAAAGUCUCCCAAUGGGGCUUGAUUGAUGAAAAACUCAAAGAACUCAGAGCUCGUGGGACUGAUUACACUUCUGCGUGA